ACUAUAUAACAAUUCACAACUCACUGCAACCAAACAAAGCAUUCCCAGAAGCACCUUUGAUUCUUCUUCUCUUCUUCCUCUGUCUCCACCCCUGCUCAUUUUCCACCAUAAUUUGUGCUCUUGGAUCGCUUCUUUGCUUUAAAGCUUGUGUUUUGUUGGAUUUCUCAAACCAUUGAGGCUGUGAAUGAUCAGGGAUUGAGUAAAGGAGUGAGCUUUCUUUCAUUCUUUGCUUCUCUCUGGUUUCUCUCUUUGUUUCUCUUUUGGUUGUUUUGUUUUUGGAGUUUCUCUGUUGUUUUGGGAGUAAAUGAGCAUUGAUUGAGUAAAAGAGGAAGCUUUUGGUGUUUUGGUGAGAGGAUCUCUUAUUAUCUCUAUCUAUUUUUAUAUUUACUUUGUAAUCUUUUCUUUGUUUUUUGUGAUCUUGUUCUUGUGAUUGGGUUGUAAAUGGGCAUUAAUGGAGUAAAGGAUUGAGCUUUCUAAGUUUGGGAAGGAUUGUGAAUCCAAAUCUUUUCAAUUGAUUUCAAAUGGUGGAAGUUAGUGCAUGGUGGUGAACCCAUGGAUUUCCCAGGAUUUAGUGCUUCAUAAGAGAUAUAUAGUGAUCAAUAGAAAGAAAGCUUGGUUCUUUUUCUAGUUUUAUUUGUGUUUCUUGUUGAAGUUUCUCCAUUCUUAGGCUGAUUGAGGUUAUAAGAUGAGAUUGAGAUAAAAGGAAGCUCUUUUUCCUGGUGUUCUAGUGGAUAUAUUAGUGUAGAAAUGGCUGGUGGAGGUGGUGUUUGUAAACAAAGGCACUCCAACUUGCAGUGUUUUCUCAGCAGGAUCACACCCUCUGUGGUGUCCUACUCUCUUCCAAAGUCUUGUUUUCAAGAAGUGACCGAACCAUGGCCUCCGAUCGACAAGGACACAAUAGGUUGCUUCACCCUCGGAGAUCUCUGGGACAAUUACAAUGAAUGGAGUGCUUAUGGUGCCGGUGCUCCGAUACUUCUUAAAAACGGCGAGACCGUGGUUCAAUACUAUGUGCCUUACCUUUCGGCCAUUCAAAUCUACACCAGCAAACCCUUGUCUGUUUCAAGGUUUUCCGGGGAGGAAAGCGAGACCGAUUCGUGGAGUGAUGACAGUGAGAGUGAGAAGUUGUCUCGAUCUUCGGAUGCCAUUUCUGAUGACUCGGGUGGUGAUCCGGAGAGUCUCUGGCCCAGGAAAGACCGUCUUGGACAUCUAUACAUGCAUUAUGUUGAAAACACUGCUCCUUAUGGAAGGGUGCCGCUCAUAACUAAGGUAAAUGAAUUAGAACAGCAAUAUCCCGGCUUGAUGUCUUUGAAGAGUGUGGAGCUCUCACCAGCUAGUUGGAUGUCUGUCGCUUGGUACCCUAUUUAUCAUAUUCCGACGAGAAGAAAUGUGAAGGAUCUGUCUGCUUGCUUCCUUACCUAUCAUACUAUCUCAUCGUCUUUUCAAGAUAGUAUAAUCGGGGACGUGACAGAGAAAGACUCAUGCUGUAGUAUCAUCGAUAAAACAGGAAGGAACCGAAAUGAAACCAAUGAGUACAUAUCACUCCCGCCAUUCGGCUUGGCUACUUACAAAAUGCAAGGGAACCUUUGGAUCGAUCAUGAAGCCGGAGAUCAUGAACGAAUCAUUAGUCUCUUCAACGUCGCAGACUCUUGGCUAAAACAGCUCCGUGUUCGACAUCAUGACUUCACUUACUUCAGCACUCACUAGAUGUGAAUAAUAUAUUUACCGAUCUGUCUGAGAACUCAUGACUGCCACCAUAAUUUGCUUGUAAUGCUUUUUUAUCAUGAGUUGAGCUGAUGUUUUAACUUCUGAAUUGGAAUUCAUGAGAGUUUCUUUUUUCCUUGUGUGUUGUAAUGUUUACAGUUUUCAGAAAUCAAUAACUGAAUUUUUCUGCA